GUCACUCUAUCUGGCAUGUGAGUAGUGUUCACAGCAACUAUCAUGAAGAUCGUUCCUGGACCUUUCUAUGCAAACGUGACCCUAAAAUCACACACUCGUGCCGAUGGUCUGAAUGGGUGAAUUCGUUUGACCAUGAAAUAUUAUACCAAUGUCGAAAUGGAGUUAUUGCAGGUUACUAUAAUCUCUGAUAAUCUUUUUAUUAUGGUUAUUGUUAGCAAAUUUUUGAGCGAUUUAAAACGGCUGAAUUUAAGGCAAAAUGCUGACAGAUGCCAUAAUGAUAAUAUGGAGGGUGUAUAUUUAAUGUUAUUAUAUACCAAUAGUCAAAGUCGCAUUUUACUAGUGUUUUAUUGGUCGAGAGCAUAUCACGUGAGAGUGACGAAAUUAGACUGUCUCCCUCGCAACAGCGCGAGAGGGAAACAAUACGUUAUCGACCGGCGAAUAACGAAAAAAAAUCACGUGCGCCGUCACGUGAAGAUGCGACCUUUGGACAUGCCUAGUAAUUUAAACAUUCGCUUUAAGUAACUGCAGUGUUUAAUUUGACGUUUUAACAAUAAAAUAUUUCAUGUAUCUACGUUCAUUUGUUCUUUAAUUUGUUGUUUCUUUGACUAUUGAUAUAUAAUAAAACACUUAUUUACUGAGACCUCGGGAAAGCGGUGUGUUUUGUGGACCCUCGACCGUCGAUAUUUUCCUCGGCUUCGCCUCGGGAAACAUCGACGGUCUCGGGUCCACAAUUAAAACACACUGUUUCCCUCGGUCUCAGUAAAUAAGUGAUAAAUAAAAAGAGCAACUGCAAAAGUGGCAGCAACUAUACCUGAAAUUAACCACCAGCAGCGACCACAUUAAUAGUAAUAGUAACAAAAUCAUCGCUAACAGCAAUAGUAACGGCAAAGUAACCGUAACGGCAAGAGCAAUAGCAAUAGGCAUUGUAGCAGCAAACGUACCAGUAAAUAAAAGCAACAAUAACAAUAAGAGCAACUGUAACAGUCACAUGUAAGAACAGUAAAAGUGAAAUUAAAGUAACAGUGACAGUAACAGUAACAGUAACAGUAACAGUAACAGUAACAGUAACAGUGACAGUAACAGUAACAGUGACAGUAACAGUAACAGUAACAGUGACAGUAACAGUAACAGUGACAGUAACAGUAACAGUGACACGCUUAUUUUCCGAAAAGAGAACGUCCCACAAAAAAUUUCCAAACACUAGUUUCAGCCAAUGGGAGCUUCAAAUUACGUUUCCGACCUCAAUUUUUCAGAAAAUUCCUUAAUAUUUAAACACGUUCCGCAAUUGUACAGGCAAUGAUAACUUAUGGUACUAGUAUCAGUAAUAAUGACAUCAAAAAUAAAAGGAACACAAAGGAUAACAGAAAUAGGAACAGUAACGGUAUCAGCUGUAAUUCUUGGGUUUCUCUACGGCAUUAUGCAGUGAAUCUGACAGGGGGGUCAACCUCCAAAUGUAUUUACGUUUAUGCUGUAUUGGAGUGAGAAAAUGAUACGAAAUUCCAUGAGUUUGCAACCAAACAUCAGGCUAAUAGAUAAAACGAACAAUUCUCACUCUGAUAACUGUUUUAGAGUUGACCCCCCGUCACUUCUGUGACGUCGUAUGAAGUCCAAGAAUAGCAGAAUAGUCGGGAACAAUCACGCACAUUUGUAUUAUACAUCAUAUUUAAGUUCUUUCUAAAGUAACAAAUUCAUUAUUCCUAAAACAUUAGGUGUGCACUCCUAUCACAGUAAUCCUCAUGAAGACAGAAGAUUCCAAUUUGAAUGUUGUGGCACCAAGAAUAAUUGCGCACGUGAUUGUGUCUGGACUGGUUAUGUGAAUAGCUGGGAUGGUUAUAUGAACUACGCUGUGCCCUAUAGCCAUUUCCUAAGUGGAGUAAAAAGUUAUCAUGACAAUGGAAAAGAGUAAGACCAACAAAUAUUUAUUCUAGUUUUUUCAUGUGUUUGGCGUCAGUUAAAAUGUAUUAACCGAAGUUUGUUGAGGUGACAAACGCAAAAUGGUUUGGUACUUAUGAAAAUUGAACGAGUAAUGAGUAUCUUAAUAGGGGUCCCUGUAUUUAAGUAAUCUGGUCUGCUGAUUGCAAGAUUUGAGUUUCGAACUUACUGUUGCAUCAACUCUUACAGAUAAAAAAUCGGUAGAAUCGCUGGUCGAUUAGAACCGGAAUUUUUUUUAUUAUGACGUCAUGCCCCUAACCACCUUUCUUGUUUUCUUAGGGAUAGAAGAUGGAGAUUCCUCAUUUGUAAACUUGGUUGA